UAACACCUCUGGCAUGCUACAAUUUGGUCGUUUAUCUUCUACACAUUCAUCAUUGAUACCUCGAGCUGUGGGAACAAUGUCCCCACCAUCUGCGCUGACAGAGCUGUCUCAUUCUUCCAUUUCCACAAUGGGUUUGACUUAUUCCAAUUUUGUUCAACAUGGCAACUCUCCAUCGCCUGCGGAGAAGACGAAACCUUUGAACGACCCCGGUCUUCUGCAUCGGUCGCUUCUCAACAAGCCCAUCGAAGUCCUCUCGGCCUCAGGGAGCUAUCUCACCUUGCUUUGCGGCCGCCAAAUUCUCGAUGGGUGCGCUGGCGCUGCUGUGGCAGUCAUCGGACACGGACACCCACAGGCCCAAAAAGCAAUGUUGGACCAAAUGAGCAUGGUUUCGUACGUGCAUACAAUGUCUUACACAACCCAAAGUGCUGAAAGGCUCGCCAACUUCAUGGUCGAGAAAGGGCGGCCUUUUGGCCUCUCCAAAGCAUACUUUGUCGGCUCAGGCAGUGAGGCGAUGGACUCUGCAAUGAAAAUGGCAAGACAAUUCUUCUUUGAAAAGGGCGAGAAGCAGAGAACCCGCUUUGUGUCACGCAGGCAAGGAUACCACGGAAACACCAUUGGUGCCAUGAGUAUCAGCAGCAACAUUUCCAGAAAGCUUCCGUACGAGGGAGCGGUUUUAUUGCAUAACGUCAGCUUCGUCAACUCAACCAGUUCCUAUCGAGGACAAAGACCAGACGAGAGCGCCGAAAACUUUGCAAAGAGGCUGGUCAUGGAACUUGACUGCGAGUUCCAGCAACUCGGACCGGAUACCGUAAUUGCUUUCGUGGCAGAGACGGUCGUUGGGGCGACAUCCGGCUGCACGCUUGCCCCGGUAGGAUACUUUGAAGGUGUUAGAAAGCUAUGUGAUAAAUAUGGCAUUCUUCUUAUCCUAGAUGAGGUCAUGUCCGGGACUGGUAGGACUGGAACCUACUUCGCGUUCGAGCAGGAAAGGGGAGAUAUUGUCCCAGACAUUGUUACAGUGGGGAAAGGAGUUGGCGGUGGCUAUACCCCUAUCGGGGGCAUGCUCAUUCACGAAAAGGUUGUCGACGUUUUGCGGAUGGGCAGCGGAAGCUUCAACCAUGGACACACUUAUCAAGCCCAUCCGUCAAGCUGCGCAACAGCCUUUGCAGUCCAGAUGGUAAUGGAAGAAGAGAACCUGGUGAAACAGUGUGCGAAAAUGGGCAUUCUGUUUGAGCAGCUUUUAAGAGAUAGCUUCGGCGACUGCAAGUACGUCGGUGAUAUCAGAGGUCGAGGCCUCUUCUGGGCAUUGGAGUUUGUGCGCGACAGGGACUCAAAGGAAUCUUUCAACCCCGCUUUGGACUUUGGAGGCCAGGUUCAACGAAAGGCUUUUGACUUGGGACUAGCAGUCUACCCAGGUAAAGGAACAGUGGAUGGAUACACUGGCGAUCAUGUCCUUCUGGCACCGCCGUUGAACGUUCAUGAAGAAGAUUUACAACGUCUCGUGUACUUAUUAAAGGAAGCAUAUAUAUUGGUCGAGUACUCAGUCUUAAUUAGCUAGCUAGAUUUCUUUUUGUCUACUCUUAUUAUAUCUUAU